UCAUGCUGCUGCCAGGUCCAGAGUCUCUCAUGGGUCCCUGUACGGCCUCCCAUUGCUGCUGUCUCCAUCGCCACACUCUGCCAUGUGCCACUUUUCAGGUCUCCUCACACACUGCUGAAUUUUUUUGACAUAGGGUGCUGGCAGAUUACGGGCCUCCCAUAGCUGCUGCCAGGCCCCUAAUCUGCCAUGGGCCCCUAUAUACCGCCUCCUCAUGCUGCUGCCAGGAACCCAGAGUCUCUCAUGGGUCCCUGUACGGCCUCCCAUUGCUGCUGUCUCCAUCGCCACACUCUCUGCCAUGUGCCACUUUCAGGUCUCCUCACACACUGCUGGUGUGUAGAAUUUUUUUGAC